AUGGCCUCCACACAAGAAGAGGAAUACCCUCUUUACGCAUUCUCUGGACUGCCGCCACACACAUCGACUUACCCUGCUGUACACUUCCAGAUGCAGCAACCCAUCAACAACUUCAGCGCGUACAACAUCGAGCCGAACAACGUCGCCGAAGCACAUUCCAACUACGUUUUGCAAUCGCAAGACUCUUCGAAAUACACAAAGCACAGUCUUCAGCUAUCGACACCUCUCUACUCACCUACCAACACCUCUGCUAACUACUUCGACCUUCGACCCAACGCUCGUUCAAUCAAGUCUGAAUCUGCAGCUUCAAUACUCUCUUCGUCUAGAGGGUCCCCCUUGAUGCUCAACCCACACUCUGACUGGACCCCGUUACAUGGACUUGGGCACAAUGCCCUUCACCAAGGCCACUACGAACAAGAGAUACUCGUGAAUGACACGUUCAACUACUCGGCCCUCUCGCUGCCCCAAAAGCCUGGUUGUGUUGACCCCACUCUCAUUCAGCCUCUUUCACCUACACCACCGACAACACAAAUGCACUCUGAUUCUAAGCAUCUGUUCCCUCACCCACCAUCUCCAACUCCUUCUUCAGCACACUCGAACAGAAGUUCAGGCGUGCUCAGGACCAGCUCCGUGCGAUCAAACCGACCGACGUCCCCUUACAUCCCUUCUCAGACAUGGAACCCGUAUCCCACGUCUUCAUCGUCGCGGCGCCAUUCCAUCUCAUCAGCCCACUCGCAUCACUCCCGGCAGAGCCAAUCGUCCUCGGACUCCGAGGGGAAUAAGGGCGUCUGCCCCAUCGCGUCUUGCGGUAGGCACAUCAAGGACCUCAAGGCACAUCUGCUUACCCACAAGAAUGAACGUCCAGAGAAGUGCCCAAUAACUUCAUGCGAGUAUCACAUCAAGGGUUUCGCCCGCAAGUACGACAAGAACAGACACACUCUGACCCAUUACAAGGGCACAAUGGUGUGUGGCUUUUGCCCUGGAAGUGGCAGCUCAUCGGAGAAGAGCUUCAACCGUGCCGACGUCUUCAAGAGGCAUCUUACCUCAGUGCAUGGCGUUGAACAGACGGCGCCCAAUGCCCGCAGACGCAGUGGUGGAAGCUCAGGCUCCAAGAGUUCUCUCCACAAGACUGGCAUCACUGGUAUGUGCUCGACUUGUGGCGUGGCUUUCGCCAAUGUCCAGGACUUCUACGAGCAUCUCGACGAAUGUGUCCUUCGCGUCAUCCAACGUGGAGAUCCUUGUGAGGCCAUCAACGAGAGAAUACUUGGCUCGAUGAUCGAUGACAAGUCAGUCAGGGAAACUCUAGAGAGACACUCUCUGAGCAACACCUCAGGGUUCUCGGGAUCCGCCGUCUUCGAUGACGAUGACGAGGAUGAAGAUGACCACGAGGAAUACAUUAAGAAUGAGAUCGUAUCUCCUGUGCUCUCGAACAGCAAUGUCAGGGAUGCACCUCGCCAGGGCAUGACAUACUCAAAGGGCGGCGUCUCCCUCCACUCCAUGACAAAGAACAACAAGCGUCGCAAGAACUACCCUCCUGCCUGGAACGCAGCUCCCGAGAAGAUGAGGAUGAAGAAAAGAGUAUUGUGUGUGUUCGAUGGCCCUCGCCGACUCUGGAAGGAUGACUUGAUGCUCGGCAUGGACAACCAAGUGCGCGAGCCCCUGUCCGGCAGGAACUGGGUCACUAGUCUAGAUGUUCAGACUCUGCGAAGAGCUGAGGGUCUUCUCGAAGCGACUGAAGAAGAAAAGGGCUCAUGGAUGGAUGAGCAAGGCAAUCCCUACCUCUUUGCUACUGCUGUCUGA